UUCCUCCGCGCUCAAUCUCUCGUCUUGACACCACGGUCUGAGCUCUCCAGUUGCGAAACCGGCCAACAUGUUUACGCCGCCGCACAAAACCAGCUGCCCUUCCGAAAGUUGGAGACUCUCGGCACUGGAAAUAGCAGGCAGGUUGAACUGGUAGAAAGCCACACUACAAAACGGCAUCCAGUCGCCGACUGCGACCUGUCACAUUACCUGAAGCAUCCUAUAUCGUCGAGGGGGUAUCAAGGUACAUUAAAGACAUUCUUCGGUUGUCUGGCUACAGCUUUGGGCUAUCUCCAUGGAUUUGAUAUCAGGCAUAAGGACAUCAAGCCAAGCAAUAUUCUCAUCUACAACGGAGAUGUAUUGCUAACCGAUUUUAGAAUAUCAAGAGAUUGUGAUAAUACAAGGGGCACCACCGAAGGGCCUACCCCAAUGACACCCAAGUAUGCAGCUCCAGAAGCAGCGGACUAUGCACCCAGGAACUCCUCUUCGGAUAUUUGGUCGUUGGGAUGCGUGUUCUUAGAAAUGAUCACUGUCGUCAAGGGU